AAUUUCCGCCAUUAUUUGAAAACCAGUACUUGUUGAUACUUGUUUCACUUUGUUUAUCAAUGAUUCGUUGCCUCCAACGAUGAUUUGAUGAAUCGGAGGAUGUUUCUGUGAGUUCCAUUUUCACCUCAUCAAAGAAGUCAAGAGAAAUACGCAAAAUGUCGAGCGGUAAUAAAACUUCAGCACAAGCUCAGCAGAAGUUUACAAAUCUACGUAAACGUCUUGAUCAGCUGGGAUAUAGACAAACCCUUGGAUUAGAGUCUUUGCCACUUGUGGAGAAGUUAUUCGCAGAUCUUGUUCACACUACAGAGAGUUUGAAAAAUACCAAACUACAACUUGGAAAGACUGAAGUAGAAUCAAAGGAUGUGGACAGUGCUAUUGAACCAUACAAGAGUGAUAAUGCUAAGUUAGUGAAGGAAAACAAUGACCUUCAUCAACAAAUCAUCAAACAAAAAGACGAGUCAGACGCCAUAGUAAGAGAACUAAAAGCAUCUUUAAGAAAACUAGAACAUGAAAAUGCUGAUUUGAUAUUUCUGAACAAUCAGUAUGUGCACAAAGUCAAACAACUAGAGAAGGAGUCAAGAGAGAAAUCAGACAGAAUUCUCAAUUUACAGGAGAAAAAUUUCCAUGCUGUGGUUCAAACACCAGGAGGUAAAAAGAAGAGCAUACCAUUCCGGCGACAGCGGAUGGAGAUUGACUGUGCUGUUCCCCCGUCUGAAGGCCCUAUGAAAAAUGCCUUCAUCGCAGCAGAUGACCCCUAUGUGGCUGAUCUUCUCCAGGUGGCGGACAGCAAAAUUGCGGAGCUUGAGAAGAAGGUCAAUAUGGUGUGUGACGAAAAAGAAGUGCUGGACAGGAAGUUGAAGAGCUUCAAGCAACAGGUUGCCAACCGAGAUGAGGAAAUAGAACGACUGAACAGAAUGUUGGAGGGUGGUAGACCAUCGGACGUUGUGGCCCUGGAGGCCCGCAACAGGGCUAACGAGCGCAUGAUAUCUCACCUGAACAUCCAGAUUGACUUCCUGCAGCAGAAAACUCGUGAACUCGAGAGGAAGUACCAGGAUUGCAAUGCGAUUAAAGAGGAACAGGAAGUGAGUCUGAGUAAGAGUAAAAUCACCAUCCGAGACCAAGAGGCUCGAAUCCAGGAGUUGGAGCUUGAUCUCCGAGAUGUGGAUCGGAUGGCCAAGCGGUUGGAGACGGACAAGAACCAAGUGGUCCGCACGGCUGAUCGGGAGAUGAUGGAGGCCAAGGAUGAACUUGAGAAAUCAAGACAUGAACUGGAAGAUUUAGAUCUUACUAUUGCUCAAUACAAAGCUGAGAACCAGAGAACGAACAAAGAGAUCAGUGAGGUGAAGGCUCAGCUCUCGGUCAAGAACGGCGACCUGCUCCGAUUGGAGGAACUACUGGACCGUGUCCAGGAGGACAAGAAGCGCCUCAGCAACCGAUGUAACAAGAUGAUGACCAACGAAAAGGAACUUGUUUUGGAAAUUGAAAGACUGAAGAGGAAGAAUGGCCCUGCAACCACAGUCAACGGCAAGAAACCAAAGUCGGCCACUAAGCUGGAUGCAUUCAUCCGAAGCAUCGAGGAGGAGAGGAAUUACUACAAGGAUCAGACCGAGGCUCUACAGAAGAUGCUGAGGGGAGAGAUACCGACCCGUAGUAGAAGUCCAAUCCGAUCCCGACCAUCCUCUCGCAGUAGUAGUCCCGUCAGAGACGCUGCUAACAAGUCCGAUAAAAAGACGGUUGCUCAGUAUGAGACGAUAAUUCGGGUGAUGGAGGAGGAGAGAGACUACUAUAAGAAGGAGUAUGAAGUCCUUAAGGCUGUCAGAAAGUCCUCGUCGUCUGCUCGAGCCACUCCUACCAAGAAUUUCACCUCAGAUGAUCCAGAGCUAUCAAAGGUCAUCAGAGAAAGAGAUGACCUGAAGGCCCUAUUGGACAAGUUUGAGAGACACAUGGCAGAGAUUCAAGCCAAUGUCAAGGUUCUGACUGCAGAGAGAGACAAGCUUAACAUUAUGUAUGAGGAGACUAAAGACGAGCUCCAGAGAGUGAGGAGGGAGCUUGUGAAAUCUCCAAAGUCCCCCAAGACCUCACUGGCAGCCCAGGCCAUCCUACGUCGUGUGGAGACGGAGAGAGACGACGCUCUCCAGGACUUACGACGUAUGACAACGGAGAGAGACAGCCUCAGAGAGAGGCUGAAGAUCGCCACAGAAACCUCCCUCUCUGACAGAGCUAAGCUUGAACAGAAGAUUGAGGAUCUCGACUCUGCUCUACAUCAUGCUGAGGUGGAGAAGAACGAGAUGUCCCUGAGGAUCGCCACACUGAGGGAGGACGUGAGGAGCUAUGAGGACCAGGUGAAGGAGCAGGCCCUGCGCCUCGGACAGGCUCAGGACAACCAGGCCCAGAGCAGGUCCACAGCAGAACAGAUGAAAUUGAUUGCUGAGGAAACAGAGAAAUCUUUGGAGGACUCACAGAAGAGACUGUCCCACAGAGAGAGGGAACUCCACAACCAGGAGGAGCGAGGACUUGCCCUCGAGGAGAAGUGUGGGGAGCUGAAGCGGGCCCUGGAGAUAGCCAAGGACGACAUCAGUCAGCUCAGGGCUACCAUCAACGCCAUGGACAGGGAAAAAGACUCUCUGCAGCACACGGUGGAUGAGAAGACAGAGAAGAUUGCCCACCUUAAUGAAGAUAUCUUACACAAGGAGAAGAUGUUGAGUGACCUAAAGAUUCGAGUGAGUGAGCUUGAAGCACAGUUAGAGCAUGCUAAUGACAACCUUAGCCUGAAGGAUCGUGAGCUAAAGAGCAUGCGUCGUCAACUAGACAGUACGUCGGAAGACCUGAGUGAAUCGAGCAGGAGUAAAGACAUCGCGCUGCGGGAGAAUCGACGUCUGCAGGACGACCUUUCCGUGAUGACCCGAGAGAACCAGAAGUUGAACUCUGAACUCCAAGAGACGCUGGAAGAAAGGGAACAGCUCAAACACCAGGUUCAGGACUACAUCAUGGAGGUCAAACGCAUCGAAGACGUGCUUGCACGGAAGGAGAAUGAGAGAACGGACCUGUUAGAUCAGUACAGGGCCCUGUCCGCUGAGGCCGAACAGUACCAAACCUCAACUCAUCAGCUCGAGAGCGAGGGAUCCAAUCUCAGGCUCGAGCUGAUGACCAAGGACUCAGAACUCAGGCGAGCAAGGGACAAGCUUGACAACCUCGAAAGGGAGAUUCAGGAGCACUUGAAUGCAGAGCAGGCCUACGAGUUACAGGUAUCCAACCUGACACGCUCUGUCGGUAACUUGGAGGAGGCCAUGAGACAGACUGAGGAAGACAAACAGAACCUGCUGGAAGAUCUGACAGCGGUCCGUGAACUCUGUGCCAAGCUGGAGGCCACCAAGGAAUCCAUUCAACGACAACUCACCUCAACCUCACUCGACAAAGAACAGUUAUCGAGCCUGAUAGAUGACAUGAAGCAGGAGACAGAGCUGCUGAGGCAACAGCUGGGGAGUGAGCGCAGUAACAGUAAGAACCUGGAGGGGCUGUUACAGAACAACCGCGAGAAGGAGUUCCAGAGCCAGCUCGUGCAGCAGGAGAAGUCCUCCGAGAUCCAGAUGUUGAAGGACAGGCUGGCACUUAACGAAAGCAAGAUUCAAAGUCAAGGACGGGAAAUUGCAUCACUAAGAACUCGCAACGUGGAACUGGAAGGUGACGUUGAGAGGCUUCGGCGGAACUUGACCAGUGAAAAGUUUGAGCGGGAGCGGGCGGUACAGGAACUACGACGUCACAACAUCAACCCCCCCAUCCCCACAAUGGAGUACAGCAGCUACCCAGGCUACAACAGGAGCUUCACUGCCAGAGCUAGGUCAAGGUCGCGAUCAAGGUCACCUAGCCCAUCAAGAUACAGAAGUCCGGACACAUCCUUCCUGAGUUCCUCAGCCAGAAGAGCUCGGAGUCCGGAGAGAAGCAGCUACCUGGACGAUCCAUCGGAAACAUCCACCAAAGGAAUCGGACAGGACGUCUUAUGAUCCCCACACAGCAGCAAAAACAGCCCCACCAACUUAGUUACCAAAAUACUUUAAACAAAUGAUGCAUAUUUUUAUACAUAUAGAUAUAAAUGUUCAGUAUGCAUGUAGACUUUUGACAAAUACGAGUUGAAUAGAUCAAAUAUGAAUGUGGUGUGUAUGAAAUCCACUGCCCGGACAGAUUUAGACAUCUCCUGUGAUAUCAGACACAAUGGCUCUAGAUUUCCUAGCUAAUUAUAUUUUGAUGAUAACAGAGCAAGAGAAAUGAAGAUGGCAUAGUCUCUCCUAUUGGUGUAGAAGGUCUUUUUUUUAGCACCUAGUUUUUCUUGAUAUUUUAGAUUCGUUACGUCUGUGAUAUUUCCAUAUUUAUAUAUUCCAUCAGUGCUUUUGGUACUGAUGCAUUCUAUGUACUCAAUGAAUUUGAUUAUUACAAAUUAGCCUCUGAUUUGGGUAAAUUUUAAGUUUGUUAAUGUGCAUAAUCAGUUAUUUUCAACAUGAAUCUGUUGCAAAUUGACUCGGAGAGAAAGAAUUACUCCCGCAUUGUUUUGUUAUAUAUCAUUGUACUGAUGGCAGAUACAUGUAUAUAUUGAAAUGGUGUGCUGGGAAGGCAUUCCGAGAAGCUUCCAUCUUAUCUGUUUAGUGUUGAUUGCACUGGUAUUCAUUUUGAAGAAUAAGUUUUAUGUUCAUUAUAAGUCAAUGUAUUGAUGUCAGAUUCUCAACAUUGAUAAUUUGUCUGGAAGAAAAAUCUGAAUUAUCUCCCUUAAUGACAAUAAUCUAAGUCCUUUGAAAAAAACAUGUUUCCGUCCAUUUCAUAGAUUAUCAAUAUUUUAUUAUUGCCAGUUUUGUUUGAAUUUGUUUUAUUGAUUUUUAUUAGUUUAACAUAUUCUUUUAUGUGUAUAUUUAAUAAUUUAUUUGCAUUUUUUUUUCUGUCAUUGAAUGAAUGUAUUCUGUAGCAAUAUCAUGCAUUUACCACAAUAUUUAAUCUCCCUAGGAUCAAAAUUGGCAUUUAGUACAAGCAAAUUUAUUUCAAUAGCGGAAAUCAAUACACGGGAAAAUGUUGACAAAUUCAGUCAAAUUAUAUCACCUACAUCUCGGAAGUAAUGAUACUAUUCUUCAUUUUGGUUUCGAAGAGUGUUGAUUUUUUUCUUUCUCUCUCUCUCUCUCUUUCUGUUUGUGUUUUUUUUAAGGGUAAACAAAUACUGCAUUGUGUAAAAAGUAAAUUUGAUGGCAGAGUUUGUGACUGAGUAUGUUUAUAAGAUGCUACACAGAGGGAGUUUAUACUUUCGACUCUGCUCACAGCUUAGCCUUGUCGGGUGCAAGAUCUAUAAAAGACAAGCUGACCGAGUUUAUUUGUAUUUAUAAGUGCAUGUCAAAGAGUUUACGUAUCACAAUGCAUGUGUUUGUUAGUCAGUCUGAUUUAACACAAAUUGUUUCUUUUCUUUCAGUACUAAAUAAUUUAUGAAUAUUAUCAUAAAACAUGUAUUUACAAAAAUAAAUUAUUUACAAAGAAAAAAGAA